GAAGAAGGGAAAAAGGUUGGGCCAAGUUGUCGAUUCAAACUUUGGAGUUGGCAAAGGAGAAAAAAUAGGAAUAGGGAAAUAGGGGGCAUUUGGCGGGCACUAUCAUUCAUUCAUUCAUUCAUGUUUCUUAAUCAUUAUUAUUACUUCUCCCCACACAAAUUUAAUACUACUUGUUCAUUGUCUACUCAACUGGGUAGCCACUGGAAUUGGAAUUUAAGUACUACUACUACUGAUUGAUUGAUUGAUUGAUGAUCUUACUCUAAAAUCCUGAAUUUUUACCAAUUCCAAUCCAACCCCACUUCUCAAAUUGGGUAGGAAAAAAAUUUGAGAUUGAAGGUUUCUUUUUUUUGCUUUUACCAAUUUUUCGUUCAGUGACAGCCAUGAAAUAUCGCAUAAAUUGGUCCCCAUUGCUUCGACAACUCAUUUUUGCCUCCUCCAUUUCCGCUCUAUUUUGAGCUCUAUCCAACAACUCUCAACUCCCCCAAAAAAAAAAAAAUUGCUUCUUUUUUUUCUCACCCGUUUUCUUUUUUUUGUUUUUCUGUUUUUCAGUUAUGUGCAAGAUAAAUUGCGUUUAUGAUGUUUAUCGAAGUGGGUUUUCCUUGAAAUUUCGUGGGGUUGGGUUAUAUUCGUGAUUAAGGAUGUGUUGGAAAUAAAAGGUGGGAUUUUGGUGGAAUUUUUCUGUGUCUCGUUGGGUGAUCUUAGUGGUAUAUGAAGCUGGAUACUUAGUUUUGUGAAGGAUCAAAUGAUGCAAGAAACAAGGAUGCAUUUUGCAAGGCUGGAUGAUUCUCCCAUGUUUCGGCAACAGCUCCAGAGUUUGGAAGACACUGCCGAUAUACUUAGGGAAAGAAGUAUAAAAUUCCAUAAAGGAUGUCGGAAGUAUGUCGAAGGUCUUGGAGAAGCAUACGAUAGGGACAUUUCUUUUGCAAGUGCUCUUGAAACAUUUGGUGGGGGUCACAAUGAUCCAAUAUCUAUUGCCUUUGGAGGUCCUGAUAUGGCCAAAUUUGCAAUUGCUCUAAGGGAAAUCGGAAUGUACAAGGAAGUUCUUCGGUCACAGGUGGAGCACAUACUAAAUGAUAGGUUGCUGCAUUUUGCAAAUGUUGAUCUUUUAGAUAUAAAGGAAGCUCGCAAGCGCUUUGAGAAGGCUAAUGUCGUAUAUGACCAGGCCCGUGAGAAGUACUUGUCACUGAGGAAAAACACUAGGAAUGAUGUAGCUGCUGCUUUUGAGGAGGAACUUUACAAUGCAAGAUCUGUGUUUGAGCAAGCACGAUUCAAUCUGGUUGGUGCUCUUUCUUCUGUUGAGGCAAAGAAGCGGUUUGAGUUUUUGGAGGCUGUAGGCAGUGCAAUGGAUGCUCAUCUUCAGUAUUUCAAACAGGGAUAUGAGCUUUUACAUCAGAUGGAGCCUUAUAUAAAGCAGGUUUUGGCUUAUGCACAACAUGCAAGAGAAAGUUCCAAUUAUGAGCAGGCUGCUCUGAAUGAAAGAAUGCAAGAAUACAAAAGGCAGAUUGAUCAAGAGAGCAGGAGAUCCUUUAAUGGAUUUAUUUGUUCUCCAAGUAACGAUUUACUACCCCAAUUUCCUAGAAAUUCUCAUAAAGUCAUAGAGGCCGUUAUGCAAUCGGCCGUGGAAGGAAAGGUGCAAAUCAUUAAGCAAGGAUAUCUCUCAAAACGUUCCUCUAAUUUGAGGGGUGACUGGAAGAGAAGAUUUUUUGUACUUGAUAGCCGAGGAAUGCUAUAUUAUUAUCGGAAGCAGCAACUGAGCAGGACAUCUGGAUCUGGUACUAACCUACCUGUACAUAGGAAUUCUCCAUCUGAGCCAGGUUCUGGACUCUUGAGUCGUUGGUUGUCAUCUCAUUAUCAUGGUGGUGUGCAUGAUGAAAAGUCUGUUGCUCGCCACACGGUGAAUCUGCUGACAUCAACAAUCAAAGCUGAUGCUGAACAGUCAGAUCUCAGAUUCUGCUUCAGGAUAAUUUCCCCAGCAAAAAAUUACACCCUGCAGGCAGAAAGUGCACCAGAACAAAUGGAUUGGAUAGAUAAAAUAACUGGAGUAAUUGCCUCUUUACUAAGUUCCCAGGAACCUGAUAGGCUUUUUGCCGCAAGCCCAGGUAGUGAAAGUAGUUCCAUUGGAAGUCCAACAGAAUAUGAUCAGAGACCGUUUGAAGAGCUUGUUUCUGAUAGGGAGUUGCCUUCUAGGAACUUUACACGUGCAUCUAAAAGUUCACUGCAGCUAUACUAUAGCAUGAAAGGAGAGAAACCAGUUGAUGCAUUAAAAAGAUUACCUGGGAAUGAUAAGUGUGCUGAUUGCGGUGCGGCUGAGCCAGACUGGGCUUCUUUAAAUCUUGGUGUUCUCAUUUGUAUUGAGUGUUCAGGCGUUCAUCGCAAUCUUGGUGUACAUAUAUCAAAGGUAAGAUCCCUUGCCCUUGAUGUAAAAGUUUGGGAACCUUCCGUCAUAGCUCUCUUUCAGGCCUUGGGCAAUGUCUUUGUAAAUUCAAUAUGGGAGGGGCUCUUGCAGGCGAGAAAAACAUUCCAGGCUGAUGAAAUACCAAGACGGAUAUUUGAGUCUGAUAAACACAAACAAUUCUUCAGCAAACCUAGUCGUGAUGAUCAUAUCUCGCUUAAGGAGAAGUUCAUUCAUGCAAAGUAUGCAGAAAAGCGUUUUGUUCAGAAAGUGAAGGAGGGACAGCAUCUUCUUUCAGUUACAGAACAAAUGUGGGAAAGUGUACGGAUAAAUGACAAGAAAUCAGUGUACCGCCUCCUUGUUGUCUGUGAAGGAGAUGUCAAUGCAAUCCCAGGGCAAGGCUCACCCGGUACACCCUUAACACUAGCCAGGGCUUUUAGGAUGCAGGGUCAUGUCAGUCCUAACAGAAGUGGUGACUCUGGGGAUGGUGAUUCUGUAAGAUCUGUAAACCAAGGUAGCACCAGUAAGAAUCAGCCUGUAGAUGAACUUGAUGGUUGUUCCUUGCUUCACCUGGCUUGCCAAACUGCUGACGUCGGUAUGGUAGAGCUGCUUUUACAACACGGAGCAAAUAUAAAUGUUUCUGAUUCAAGGGGUCGAACACCAUUGCAUCAUGCCAUAAUUAGAGGAAGAACUGCGAUUGCUAAGCUUCUGCUCAACAGGGGAGCUGAUCUGCAAGCUGCUGAUAAAGAGGGGAAAACGCCCCUUCAACUUGUUGAAGAAUCUGGCCUAGAUGACAUUGAAAUUAUUUCUAUCAUGAAGAAUGUCAGUAGAUAGCGCUAAACCACGAAUUUGUGGUAGACCACCAAGAGUUCAAAAUGGAGGGAGCGCAACCUCCUCUAUCCUAGGAUUUAAGUUGCCGGAUAUGGGUUGGCAGUUUAUUUCCAGAUAACCAUAUAGCUAUUUCUGGGCACGGAUAAUAAAGCAAUGCAUCGAAUUCUUGUUAUCCGGACUAAGUGAAAUGGUUAUUGCUGAAGACUUGGAAGUCUUCUGAAAAUGGAGGACGCCUGCAGCCUAGCUGGUUAACGCAUGUCUUCUCCCGAAAGACCUAUGAUGUCAACAACACAGUUUUGUUAGUAAAGAUGCACCUUUCUCGUCUCUAAGCCGUUUAUUGGUUCUUUUGCCUGGUAACUUUGGCAGGCAGGAGUGCCUUUUUGUUGUACAUAACUUUGAAGUACAUACAGAAAAGAUCAGUAAGGGGCCCCCCGUAUUGUGGAGUAGUUUCAUCAAGUGUUUGUUAGAUCCCUUUGAUUAGUGUAGCUGUUCUGAUUGGAUUGGACGGUGGAAACUCCAUUAUUCCUGUUAUGAAAAGUGCAGAGAGUUGUCUUCCUCCAUUUUGGUUGUGUAUGUUCCUGUUCUGUUAUAAUUACAAGAAGAAAACUCUUCCAAAAGCUUGAAUUUUUAUUUAUUUUAUUUAUUUUUACGUUUUUCCUGA